GUCAUUUGUCACAAGGUGCGCGCAACAGCUAACGUACUCCCUCCCUUCUUGUAUAUCAAAUGUAGCUUCGUGUUCCAGUCAGAAUUGUAGUUAAAAAUGACGCUGUUUAUGAACGCUUGCGCUUUUUUAGUCAAAGUCCUCACUCUACCGCUGCACAUUGCGGAGGUGAUUGGACUUUUAUCUUUCUACAAACACGUCUUCCCUCUAAUCGUCUAUAAAAUCUCGAUCUCCUACAAUGACAAAAUGAACGACAACAAAAGGGAACUAUUUCGAAACCUGGACAAAUUCUACCCCACGAAAGGCUCUCUGCGCAUCUUGGAGGUGGGCUGCGGAUCCGGGGCGAACUUCGAGCACUACCCGACGGGCUGCAGGAUCACAUGCACCGACCCCAACCCGCAUUUCCAAAAGUACCUGAAGAAAAGUAUGACCAAGAACGACCACCUCGUUUAUGACAGCUUCAUAGUGGCGUCAGGGGAGAAUCUAAAGGCGGUGGAGGACAACUCCGUGGAUGUUGUGGUGUGCACGCUGGUUCUGUGCUCAGUCCAGGAUACGCAGAAUGUUCUGCAAGAAGCAAAGAGAGUUCUGAGGCCUGGAGGAGCAUUUUUCUUCCUCGAACAUGUGGUGUCUGACCCCUCAAGCUGGAUUUACUUUUUUCAACAUGUUCUUCAACCAUUCUGGUACUAUUUCGGUGAUGGCUGUGAUACAACCCGUGCUACUUGGAAGCACCUCGAGGCAGCUGGCUUCUCUGACCUGCAGCUACGUCACAUCCAAGCCCCACUGUUUUUUAUGAUCAAGCCACACAUUGUUGGUUAUGCAGUCAAAUAAUGAAAAUUAAUUUUGCCAAAAAAAAAAACAACAACCUUCAUUCAAAAUUAAUUCAUUUCACCACCAUGUGUUUGUAUUAAAUAGUAAUUUGUAUUAAACCAUAAAAUAGAAAGUUUUUGUUUAAUGUGCAAACACUAAAUCUCAAGACUGCAUUGUAUAUUUUAUUGAGUACAAAAAUACCAGCAGGUAAAACAACAAAAUACUUUUAUCUAUAUAAAACAGGCUUUUGGAGAUGAAUGCAGGCCAGCUUUUGUGAGGUUGUUGUUAAUGCAUAAAUGAGCCAUACUGCCAUCUAGUGUUUAGGAGGAAUGUGUCAUCCUUAAUACUUUUGAAUUCAAACUUCUAUACUUUGUAAUAUAGUUAAAUACUCUGAAAGACCACUUUGCAUUCUCUAACUUUAAAUUUUGACAGACACUUGUUUUUUUCCCCCAACACUUCUGACCAUUAAAGUUCCUGUUAUAAAACAUUGUACUCACAAAAAGUAAUUUCUUGCUGAUAAAUUAGAAAAUAGAACAAUGUAUUUUUUACAACAUAAAUGUAUUUGACUUAAGAUUUUUU